AUGGAGGAACAGCUAGUGCAGCUGCUCUCCGCGACCCAGACUGCCCAAGAAGGCCCUCGCAAACACGCCGAGCAACAGCUGCUGUCCUACUAUGGCCACCAGGAGCUGCCGCUGGGCCUGGUCAGCAUCGCUUGCCACGACAAUGUGCCGCUCAACAUCCGGCAGGCCGCCCUGCUGUACAUGAAGCAGCUGGUGCUGGCGGGCUGGAGUAACAGCUUCGAAGAGUUCAAGGGACAAAUACUCGUCACCGACGAGAACAAGCCGCUGAUACGGCAACAACUGCUGGCGCUUGCGACCACGGAUCAGCUCGACCGCAAGCUCAAGGCUGCCUCUGGACUGGUCGUCAGCAAGAUCGCAAACUCGGACUACCCAGACCAGUGGCCGGACCUGCUCGACAACCUGCUGCAGCUCAUACCCGUUGCUACGGAUGGCCAGCUCCACGGCGCACUCAAGGUGCUCAGCGAGCUCGUCGAGGACUGCUUCAACGAGGCGACCUUCUUUGGCAUCGCACCGCAGCUCGUCAAGGUCAUUUAUGACGUGGCCGUCAACGAGCAGCGGAGACCCGUGCUGAGGGCGCUCGCCUGCAGUGUCUUCCGUGGCUGCUUUGACAUUCUGGAGAUGGUGCUGGAAGACCACAAGGCCAUGGUCAAGAGCUUUGCCGACGAGAUACUGAAGGAGUGGAUUCCCUUCUUCGUCAACAUCCUGAAGACGAGGCUGCCGGAGCCGCCAUCGUUCCAGGACGAUGAGACUGACGCUGAAAGCGCCGAGGCAUUCAAGGGAAUGGUUGCGCUCAAGCUUCAAGUCGUCAAGCAAAGUCUCAUUCUCUUCCAGGCGACGUGGGAGGAACUGUCGCUGCUACAACCUGCAUACUCGCUCAUGUACAUACAAGAGGAGCGCCAGAGCAGACUGGAGGAUGCGGAUGGUCUGCCCUACACAUUGGACUUCCUCGUCCUGGAAGAGCUCGACUUCAUGCAAGCCUGCUUGCGAGCACCCCCCGUCCGCCAACAACUAGAACAAGAGCUUGCAACACAGACUCCCGAGACGUCGUGGGUGACACAGGUCGUCAAGCUCGCUGUCGCCUAUGCACAGAUCACGACGGAAGAGGAGGGCCUGUGGGACAUUGACGUCAACAUCUUCCUCAGCGAGGAGACGAGCGUCACUGCCAACUACACCCCGCGAACAGCAUGCGGCGAUCUUGUCAUUAAGCUCGGCGAAUGGCUUACGGAGCCCACUAUCAACGGUCUGUUGACCUACUCAAGAGCACUCUACUCCGAAGCCAGCGACUGGAAAGCCAAGGAAGCCGUCCUGUUCGUCCUGAACCAGAUGCUCAGCGACUUCCAAGACGUGGACAAGCAGAUCAGCGCCGAAGCUGCAGGUGGCUUUGUGGACUUCAUUCGCUUCGCCAUGGCACAGCCGGAUCCUUUCCUGAGAGCUCGUGGUUAUCUCGUUGCUGGUAGCUUGACACGAACCUCGGGCGACGCACUGCAACAGCUUGCGACACCUUUCCUCGAAGCAUCGUUACAAGCCAUUCCUGUUGACGAAAAUGAGGUUGUUCAAGUCUCGUGCAUUCGCGCCAUUCAGCUCUACCUCCAGGCCCUUCCGCAUGCUAUCACACAACCGCUGCAGAGUACCAUCAUCACCGCAAUUACCAGCUACCUUGGCACACAAGACUUGCAGGAGCUCGCGGACAGUGAUGAUCUGAUGGUCACUUUAGUGGAAACACUCCGGGACGCCAUCCUCAUCGAUACCCGGAUAUGCAUCACCGCGAACGGACUAGACACUUUGUUCCAAGUCGCCAGCCACGGUGCGAACAACUUCCAGCUGGCGAUGCUGGUCAACGAAACAUUCGAGGAUGUCACACAGUCGAUAUCGCAGAUGGGUGGAGACGCCUAUGUGCAGCUGUGCGCCAAGGUCCUGCCAUCAUUGACAGGUGCUUUCGACGUUGGCAGCCUUACCGAGGAGAAUGCUCUGUGCAACAUGGCCGCUGACCUCCUCUCUGUUCUUGCAGAACAUGGCCCUGAACCUCUUCCAGCUGGCUUCGUUGCAGCGACAAUGCCGAAGCUCACCCGGCUCCUGCUUGGUAGCGCCGAUGAAGAACUGCUCAAAUCUGCCACUAUUGCGGUUAAGAACAUCUUGUCGCAUGACCACCAACAACUCUUCGAGUGGCGGGACGACACCGGUAAGGCCGGUCUCGAAGUCGUUUUGAUCAUCGUCUCGCGUCUGCUCUCGUCAUGUUCCGCACACGCUGCAGGGGAGGUCGGUGCACUCGCCGCUGAGGUUGUAGAGAAAGCCGGUCACGAACGACUGGGUCCGUAUCUUGAAGAGCUUCUGCGAAGCGUCGCCGUACGGCUAUCUGAAGCAGAGCACGCACCAUUCAUCCAGAGUCUAACCCUUGUCUUCGCUCGUCUGAGCUUGAACCACGCUUCUGAAGUGGUCGACUUCCUCGCUCGACAAGACAUCGGCGGACAGAACGGCCUCCAAGUCGUCAUGGCUAAAUGGCUCGAGAACAGCAUCAACUUCGCCGGCUACGACGAGAUCCGCCAAAACGUCAUCGCCCUAUCAAAACUCUACGACCUCAAAGAUCCCCGGCUAGCGCAAGUACACGUCAAAGGUGAUUUGAUCCCCAAUACUGAUGGUCGCAUCAUGACCCGCAGCCGUGCUAAAACAAAUCAAUGGUCCAUCGUCCCCGCAACCCUCAAGAUCCUCAAGGUCCUCAUCGUCGAACUCCAGUCCGCCUCGGGCGCGCCCCUCGACGCCGCCGCCGCCGCCGAACUCGCCGAAGAUGAAGGCUCCGACGAUGGCGACUGGGAAGACGAGCCCAACCCCUUUGUCGAUCUCGGCUCUGGCUUCAGCAAAGAACAACUCAUGGCGUUCGCGGCCGAAGAGCCCGGCAGUGGGCGCCAGCGGGACGACGAGACGCAGGGCUUCUUGGUGGAGUUUUUCAAGAGAGCCGCGGGCACGCAGGGAUUUGCGGAAGAGUUUGAGGCAUUGAGCGAAGAGGAGAAACAGAGGUUGAGGGAGAGCGCGCAGUAG